CGUUUAUGGCACUGACUCAACUUCUCCCCGCCUCUUUAUGGCUCUGCUCUCUAUAUAUAUAACAAUUCCUGUACUCCUAUCUCCCAAGGGAUGUGAAUGUGAAUGUGAAGAAGAUGAAGCUAGAGGAGGAGACCAUAAUGGGGGUUCGGAGCUGGGGAUUGUGGUACACUGUUAUCAUUGGGAGCUUCUCAAAGCCCCAAUACCAUGAAGCCUCUGGUCGCAGCCUUGACUUUCCACCAGUUCUUUGUGGACAUGGGACUUGGUGGAUGCAUAUCCCAGGAAAAAUUCAAGUCAAUUUCUGUUGCUAUUAUGGAAUUGAAUUGGGCAUUGGAACAACAAAUGUUUAUGACAAGAAUAGCCCAACAGCACUAAUCAUUGAAGGGCUUUUCAACUCUGCUUCAGCUGGGAUAUUGAUCUACAUGCCCUUGUUGAUCUACUAGCAGCUGAUUUCAUGAGCCCCAGGAUGCAAAACAAUGGAAAGCUUCAGUUAGGUGCCAAAGUCUCACUUCUUAUAAGACCAGCAGGUUGUAGGGCACUCUUGGCUAUAUGGGCUUAAGUUAUUUGGUAGCAGUACAGAAAUCUUUUUCUUAUUGUGGUCUCCUCCUCUAGCUUCAUCUUCUUCACAUUCACAUCCGGUGGGAGACAAGAGUAUAUAUAGAGAGAAUAGACAUAAGGAGGUGGGGAGAAGUUUAGUUAGUGCCGUAAACGCCUCUUGCUAAGCCCAUAUCCUUACUAUCUUUUCCAACAUGUCCAUUUAGAGAUUAUGACCCCAGUUCUAAACCCAUAUCUCUACUAUCUUUUCCAACAUGUCCAUUUAGAUCUCUCCUAUUAAUAAUAAUAUUUUCUCCUUGAACGAAUCUAUCUUGGCACCGAAAUUCCCCAUCCAUGGUGAAGCUAUAGCCAUCCGAAAUGCUCUUUCUCAAGCUGCAUCAAUGGGUUUUCAAAGCAUCCAGGUCGGAUCUGAUAACCAAAAGGUUGGCAACAUCCUGAAAGGAACAAAGAUUACUAUCCCUCUCUCUAUUACAUCUGCCGUUUCAGAUGUGCUGCAGCUAUGUAACUCAUUUGGCUCUAUAUCAUUUCAUUGCAUUCCACGGAAAAACAACAAGAUCGUUGAUACCCUGGCUAGCAAGGCAUUGUUAUUUCCACGUUUGACGGUUUGGCCUACUUCCAUUCAAUGGCUUCAAAAUCUCUGUAUUUUCGUCUAAUUGGGAUUUGUAAGCAUUAAUCAUAUCGAUUAUCCAUUUUCCUAACAUAAGUUUGAUGGAUAUGAUCCUAUCACCAAUUCUAUAAAUAUCAGUAACAUCAUUUUUAAA